AUGCUGAGUAGCAUACUUGAUAUCCUCAACUCGACUCUAUGUCUCCUCUAUCCCCUUCUUGCCACAUUCAAGGCACUGAAAACACCGAAUAUAGAGAAACUGAGAGAAUGGUUGAUGUACUGGUCCAUCCUUUCUACCGUGAUGUUCAUCGAGUCGCUUUCACAUUCCGUCUUAGAGCUAAUUCCGGUAUAUGCGUUGACGAGACUCGUCUUUAUCCUUUACCUUCUCCUUCCCAACGCGAGGGGCCAUCGUCGGCUAUUUGAGUCAUUCCUACGGCCCCUGCUCGAUUCUCAAGAGAAGCCGAUCGAGAGCAUGCUUCGAUUUGCCGAUGAUGGAAUCCAGACAGUGGGGUCAUUUUGCUUGCAACAAGUUUGGAAGUUGUUAGCUACUCAGUGGCGUAACUAG